AUGUCGUGUCGCGCUCUAUGUGUUCAGCACUUAAUCGUUUAACUUCGUCCUUUUACCUUCGAUAACUAUCUAUAUUCAUGUCCGCUGUAUACUUUAUUGCAUACUGAAAAUCAUUUAGAACUGAUAAAAUGUGUGGGAAUAUAAAAUAUAUUUUAUUGUUGUUAAGUGGAGUCUUCUUUUUUGGCUUAGUGUUAUCAUCAACAGACGAGGCUGACCCAUAUGAAAUUCUCGGAGUAGUAAAUCGUGCAACAAUUCAAGACAUUAGAAGAGCAUAUAAGCAUUUGGUUAGGGUUUGGCAUCCUGAUAAAAAUGAACACCCAGAUGCUAAUAAGAUUUUCGUUAAAAUAAAGCAAGCAUAUGAGUUGCUAAAUGACCCAGACCGACGGCGAAUGUAUGAUCAGCAUGGAAUACGCAGUGAAGAUUCGCAUUUUUUUGCAGCUAAGAGUGAUUUAUACCGUAAAACUUCCUCGGAACAAUUCGAGAAUUUUUUUGGAAAACAGUUUAAUGCCGACAAUGAUAUCAGCUUCUAUCACAGAAUCUCGAUAACUAUCAAGAAUUAUGAGAAGAAAAUUGUUCCAAACAGCAAGUUCACACCUUAUAUUGUCAUGUUUUAUAAUGAUUGGUGUUUUCGUUGCACGCGACUUAUCAGUGUAUUUAAAAGGCUAAUGGACGCUCUGGAACCACUAGGAAUUAACUUUGCAGCAGUUAAUGCUGCAUACGAACCGGUUUUAGUUAAAAAAUCGGGUGUGAGCACUAUACCAAGCUUGGUUAUAAUUCUGGGUGGACACUGUUACAUAUAUCGUGAAAAUGUUUAUACUCUGCCCAAAAUUAAAGAAUUUAUAAGAAAAAAGAUGCCAUAUUCAAUUAAUCAGAGAAUAUAUGACCAUAAUGUGGAAGAUUUUUUGGGAGGUUGGAUUGACAAUAGAGUACGAGCGCUAAUUUUGGAACCGAGAAAUAAAACGAGGCUUCGGUAUUUAAUAAGGGCAUACUCGUUCCAUUACAGAGUUGCGUUUGGAUUCAUUGACUUGAAUGAUAGCAGAAGUGAACAAAUUCAAAAACUGUUCAAGAUUAGUUCAAAUCUCGACACACUGCUAAUGUUUAAUGAGGAUUCCCGCAGACCACGAGCAAAGAUUUCAUUGCCUGAGAUUCCGGUUCAAACAUUAAAUGACAUUAUUUCUUCAAAUCAAUAUCUUUCAUUACCGAGACUCUCAUCACAACAAGUUAUGGAAGGAGUAUGCCCAGCUGAGUGGAGUCAACCUCGAAAACGGUUAUGUGUUGUUCUUAUUACAGAAAACAACGAUUCUCAUAAUUUCGCUCGCACUGCCUUCCGCAAUAUUGCUCUUCAAGCUGAAUAUAGCAUAGAGAGAGUCCGAUUUGCAUAUAUAUUCAAGGAAAAACAACAGGAGUUUAUUAAUGCGAUUUCCAAGGGAGCCGAAGCAGACCAGCUGUGCCCUAUAGUAAUUAUUUGGCGAUAUGAUCAAACUCACAUAAAAUACGAGUGGGUUAAGGGAUCGCAUCUUAACAUGGAUUUCAACCUAUAUGAUUCUAAUGAGCAAGUUAUAAACAUAACUAGACGUUACAUUGACAACACCAUCCAAAGACUUCUGAGGACAAGUGAAACAUUCAGCUACGAAACUUUUGUCAAAAAUCUCUUUGACGAACAUGCACAAAGCUUAAUCAACAGAUGGUUAUCCAAGGUCGAGUAUAUAAGUGAAUAUUUGAUUGACAACCUGGAGAAGGAACAUAUAUUAGCGUUGUUGUCUCUGCUGGGAACUAUUAUAUUUAUGUUUGUUGUGGGCUAUGUUAUGAUUUAUUUUGUUCGGGUCGAAGAAGAAAACUUAAAACAAAAGGGACACUUGAAUGGAAGCAACUCUACUUCUCUGAAGCAUAACCGCAGCCCUCCGGAGUUGAAAUUACAUGAACUUAGAGCUGAAAAAUAUAAUGGCAUGGUUCGGUUGUUGAAACCGGGAUGUAGAACUAUAAUUUUACUUACCGAUAUAAAAACGCGACCUAAGCUAAUUCCUUGUUUUCACAAAGCUGUCUGGCCUUACCGGAAAUCCAAAACACUAUUAUUCGGUCAUAUGCUUAUUGAAAAGGGGCUGUUAUGGUAUUCUGAAAUGCUAAGGUUGUCUUUGUGCGAAUCAAAGACAUUUAAGAUUAAUCCCCGGAACUGUGUUGGUACCGUAAUUGCUUUGAAUGGUCACAGAAAAUAUUUUUGCAUGUACCACGCUAAACACCCAGAGACGAACAGUGAUAGAAAGCGGUUAAUGAAAAUGAAGAAACAUCUUGAGCGAGAUACUACCGAUCCGGAAAUAGGGGCAUUUGUUGAAGUUCAUUCAGAUGAGUCGGACUGCGAGCAAAAAAUCUUAUUAGAGGAAAAUCUUUUGGAUGGUUUAAGUAAUUGGUUGGACAGGUUAUUUGAAGGAUCUACUCAUAGAUACAGUGUCAAUUACUGGCCAGAUUUUCCAACUAAAUAACUUUCUAAUGUUGUUUGAAAUUAAAAAUACUUGUUUUUUCAUGCCGUAAAAUAAAUUGUACAAGUUGCCAUAGGACUUGAAACUUU